GGAGCCGUGCGGGCAAGAAGACGCGAAAAGAAACUUGCACGGGAGCAGUCGACAAUAAAACAGGGAACAGAUCUACAGAUUGCUUCAUUAAGGCAGAGAAAACUAAGUGACGAACAGUAGCAUCCUGGUUGACAGAUAUGGCCAAGUUAGUUCAAGCUCCCCAAAGAUUCACCCACCCCGAGUGGACGACGUCUAACCUGACCAAGUAUGCUAAUGCUGAGGUGGAGAGAGCUGCCGCAGAGCGCCUUAUUGCAGAGUCUGACAGGCUAUCUGAUGAGCGCAAGAAACGCACAGAGAAAACACAGAGAGAUGUCAAAAAGAAACUACAACAAAGACUUGAUGACAUUCGCUACUGGAAGAAAGAACUUGAUGACAAACUUGAUGGCAUCAAAAAGGAAAUUGAGAGUUUAUUAGCAUUUAAAACUCGCAUUGAGAAAGCCAUAGAAUCCUGUUCAGAGCCUCUGCACAUAGCUAAGCAAUGCCUAGCCAGCAGGGAAAAGAGGCUUGGUAUUGAUUUGGUCCAUGAUGAUGUGCAGAAGGAGCUUAUCAAGGAGGUGGAGACAAUCGAGGGAGUUAUGGCCCUUCUCCAGAGAACACUAGAGCAGGCCAAUGAACAGAUCAGACUUAACAGGAAGGCCAAAUAUCUGCUCGAAAAGGAUCUCAAGGACAAGUUUGCAGCUCAGAGCAUUGAUGAGUACUGCGAAAACCUUAAGAACAACUCCGCAGGACUAAUGUUGCAAGAAGGAGUCGCCAAAAUUGAGAACAAUUCUGUGUCACCUGAAGACUGGCAAGAUUUUUCAAACGAAAACAUUGAGAAUGCUGAGCGAGAACGACAGGCCUCAGUAGAGCUGAGGUCACUUGUGGACGGAGUCUUACAGUCCACGGCCAAUGACAUGACCAAACAGAUGAACGAGGUUAAUCUGGCCUUUGACAAGAGGAUCAAAGAAACCAAAGACACCAAAGGCAAAUUGGAAGACCACCUCAACAAGAUUUUGGCUCAGAUCAAGGACAUGGAAGUCAACAUUGCGCGUCUGCAGAAGGAAAUUGCCGACAAAGAGGCACCACUGAAGUUGGCUCACACUCGUCUUGGUACAAGGACAACGCGCCCCAAUGUGGAGCUAUGUCGCGACCCCGUACAGUACCGCCUGAUCCAGGAGGUGGGUGAGAUAGAGGAGUCCAUUGCUCACCUGCAGGCGAGCCUCGACAGUGCAGAGGUGUCGCUCAAAGGUCUGGUCAGAAACCAGCUGGAUCUGGAGGAGGACAUCCGUAUCAAAUCCAACACACUGUUUGUGGAUGAAGUGGAAUGCAUGGGCAUGCGCAAAAGCAUGAAUAUUCAGAGCUUUUAAAGGUUGUGAUUAAUUGACACUGUAUGUUUUCAAUGUAUAGUAUUUAAAAACCAUCAUCAUUGUCCCACAUCCAAUCACAACUAUGGCUUCUUCCAUUGAAACUAAAAUUUAAUUGUGCUGCGUGUCACAAAUAUUAGACGGUGAAAAGUUUUGAAACUACAGCUGUAAUGCCCGAGAGACUUACUGCUCAGCUGGUUUGAAUCAGACUUUUUAUUCACGGGAAGCAUUUGAAAGGUAUUCCCACAAGUGUUAACAAAGCCUGUAUUACGUUCUAUAUUUAUGAUUCUAUGAUAGAUCUCACACCUUUCCUGACAUGAUUCUAGGUAUGUACUUGCCUUUGGCUGUGUGAUACUACCUAAAGAAACACAGGUUUUUCUGAAGAAAAUAUAUACGUUCAUAUACACAAUGCUAUUAUACUGUCCUUGAAUUUCCAGUUUAUUUUCCCUGCAACCCAGUUGUAUUGCACAAUAUCUAUACCUGAUGAUCAGCUUGUUGAACAGUCAUUACCAAACACCUGUAGUGUCAUGGGUGGAGGAAAACCUAUCUUGGAUCAUUUAAAUCUCUCCUUAGACAACAUCCAGAUGGCACUACAAACUGUGAGAUUUUGAAAUGGACAGUCUUUGUAUGUUCACUCAGUAUAUUUGGAUAUGCUGAUCAGACAGUGGUUGGUCCAGGUUUAGUAUACUGUGGCUCAGGCUGGACUACAUAGUGCGGUGUCAUCAGCAUAAUGUUCCAGUGAGGCAGCACUGACAGUUGUUCACAAUGAAACUGGCCUGAUAUAGCUAAGACGUUGUGGUGAUGUCAGUGAAAUAAUGUUAAAAGCAUAUAAUGAUCAGUUUGUAUGGGUGUAG